AACAGACAGAGACGAUUCAUACACACAAAUCCUCCACAGGAAUAAUUAAACCCCUGGAAUAAUCACACCACUUAAGGAACUUAUUCUUUCUUGGACAUAUUUGGGGAAACGUUUGGGAUCUAAAGUCUGAAGCUGAUUCCACCUUUACAUAUGGAUUGUACCUGAACGCAGAGCUGUUGGAUAAAGUCAGAGAUCAGCGCGACCCACCUGAAGGACGGCCAUUUUGGAGACAGCUCAGUUUUAGUGGCGUAGAGCCCCCCGCCGGGGCCCUCCUCGCCCCCCCGCCGGGGCCCUCCCUGCUGGGCAGCAUGGAGCCUGGAGCAGGCCGGCUGCCCGUCCAGGUCCUGGGGGAGAACGAGGCUCUGCAGCAGUUCUUCAGUGGUCAGGAUGUGAGUGGUGUGCUGGACAGCUCUGUUGCCAUAGAUACGAGCAUCCUGGAGCAGUACCUCAGUAACGACAUGGACCCCGGCAGCUUCAUGCUCCCUGAGUCUCCCCCUGACUCCAGCUCAGAGGCCUGCUCCCCUCCACAGAUACCAGAUUUCCCCUCUGAGCAGUCCUACUGGUGCACCCAGCAGAGCUACGGACCAGAACCGUCGUACCGCUGUAAGGACCGAGGCCCGCUGCCCCCCCACUCCCACCCGCUGACCCACGGCCAGCUGUGGAGUCUGGGCCUCACAAACACUUACAUCAAACCCAGAACACGCGCCCCCCUCCUGUCCCCGGAGCACUAUCCCACCCCAGAGGGCUGCUCACGGGGUUCUCCGAGCAGUAAAAAAAGACGGAGGUCAGAGUGUGAGGAGCCGUUUUCGGCUGUGGACGGGUCCUGCUGUGAGACUGGGACUGUGGCCGGUGUGAGCUCUCUGGGUCCAGCUCCGUCCCAAAUGCUGAGCUGGGAAAAGUACUGUCCGGGACAGUGGAGCAGUUUAUUCGACAGGAGCUACCAGACGCUCUCUCCUCUCGCCUACCAUGUGGACACAGACAAAGGCUUCAACUAUUCUGCCACCGACGAGGCCUUUGUCUGCCAGAAGAAGAACCAUUUUCAGGUCACAGUCCACAUAGGCGUCACCACCGAGCCGUCUUAUGUCCGGACGCCCAGCGGCCCGCUGGAGGUCAGCCACUUCCAGAUCAAAGUCUUCGGGAUUAAGGUGGUCAGUCUUCCUGGAGGCAGAGUGACCAAAGUGACGCUUGGCCGGCUGCACUUUAGCGAGACCACGGCCAACAACAUGAGGAAGAAAGGCAAACCCAACCCAGAUCAGAGGUAUACCCCCCAGGAAUGGAGGAGGAAGGGACUGAGACUCAGGAGACUGGGACUAACUGUGUGUCUGUGCAGGUACUUUCAGAUGGUGGUUGGUCUGUAUGCAGCAGUUGGAGAAGAAAGCUUCCUUCUAGCAGCCCUGGUGUCAGAAAAAAUCAUCGUCAGGGCCUCCAACCCCGGUCAGUUUGAGAUGGACGGGGACGCCCUGUGGCAGCGGGGGGCGGGGCCUGAGGCUGUGGUCUGCCACGGGCGGGUGGGCAUCAACACCGACUGCCCUGAUGAGGCUCUGGUUGUCUGUGGCAACGCCAAGGUGAUGGGCAGCAUCAUGCAGCCGUCCGACUGCCGGGUCAAGCACAACGUCCAGGAGGCCGACUCUGAGCAGCAGCUGAAGAGAAUCACUCAGAUGAGGAUAGUGGAGUUUGACUACAAACCGGAGGGUCAUAGCUCAGGAGGUGAAGGAGCUGCUGCCGUCCGCGGUGAAAGAGGUCGGAGACAUAAUCUGCUCAGAUGGAGAGACGAUACCCAACUUACUCAUGGUGGACAAGGUAACCCCCCCCCCCCCGACCUCCACAACGAGCAGAUCUUCAUGGAGAACGUGGGGGCCGUGCAGCAGCUGUCCAAGCUGACCGAUAACUUGGACACUCGUAUCAAAGAGCUGGAGGUGUGGAACCGGAGACUAGCUAAGCUGAAGAGCCUGACAGGAAGCCUCCGCUCCACCGGAAGGCCUCAGAGACACAGCAGUGUGUCCACAACCUCCAGUCCAGAGCCACACAAACCCAGAGAGGCUGAGGGGGGGGCCGGGCGUCCCAGAUACAACCGCUGUGUGCAGAAUAAGUUCUUCCAGGCCAGCUUCUUCACCCUGCUGGCCACCAUGGCUCUCUGCAUCAUCUGCGUCACCGCCCUGUACAUGGUGAACAUCAUCGGGACGGACUUUGACUCCUUUCCAGACUCCAGCAACAACAGUUUGGUGCCUGAGCUGACAACCCCUCGCACCAGCACAGUCCCGGUGACCGGCUCUCCGGGCCCCUGGCCUCCAGAUGUGGACUUCUGUGAACUUCUGUACUGUGAUCAGGUGUUCUGUUGUCCAUCAGAAGCCCCAGACUCAAACUCCAUCACCAACAAACUGCCUCCCAAGUUUGCAUUGACAGAAAUGAGAAAAGAAAGAUUUUCUCACCACCUGAAAAGCGCCAGAGACUGGAAGAACACCACUGUCCAUACUUUCAUGAUCAAAGAGAACCAGCAGGUGAUCGACAGCCGCUACUGCAUGAGAGACGAGUGUGGGCCUGAACGAUACGUUUUCAGAGUUCCUAUCAGCCAGUUCGUCCCAACUAACAUGAGAGUUACUCUACUAAUGAACUCUACAGAACUGUUGGUGGUCCAUCUGUGUAAUCUAGACGAGUCCACCUCCUGCUCCUCUUUGCUGGAUGCAGACGUGGUCUCUGCCAGCCGAUAUCCAUCAAACACGCAGGGGGAACACGAAUGGCCUCUCCACGUGGCUCGUCUCUAUCACAGCUCCUAUCACUUCCGCUCUGCUGUGGCUGGUCAAGCAGACUGCAGCACUGACCGCCACUUUGCCGGGGCCCUGUUCACAGACUACCACUUCUACUUCUACAGGCGCUGCUCCGGCUCUUAGACUCUAACGAGGCUCUCAGAGAGGAGCUCUGAUAUUUAAAUUCAUCCGCUCUCAUUGCAAAAGGACAGAUGGAAACGACCCCCUGUUCCUUUAUCUGAGGCACUGAGGAGCAGUGAGAGGACGCUGGAGGCUUUUAGAGCGUGACCAAGCUUUAAAGCAACUCAAUGAGUGUGAAAUGUGUCCAGAAUGAGGGGAAUGUAUGUUGUUUUUGCCUGUUGCUGUUCAUGUUGUUCUGGUAAAAUUAAUUUCCUACAAAGUAGUGUAAAAAGUCUUUAAAAAGGACUUGAAAUGGCUUUCUACUACACCGUGUUUUUAUGGCAAAAUUCUGAAAUCAGAUGAGAUUUUAGAAAUACUGAAACUGAGAAGUGAAGACAACAAUCGUAGAAGAAGAAACCGAAUCCCAAUUUUUAACUAACAGGAGUUGGAACUGAUGGAGCACACUGGAGUUAAGACGUUGUUUGUUUGAAGUAAUCUUUUCUAUGACUUUAACCGGACCCCGACUGCUUUAAUAAACAUUUUCUUUGCA